CGCGCGCUGCUCUUGACUCAGCGUCCUCGUUCAGGUCAGCCAACCUGCCACCUGGCUGCUUGUUGUCGCGUGCGCGUCGAUAAAUGACAACUCGCUCACACUUUUUUAUUCCAAGAUGGUCAGGCCUGUAUCUCAGCUGCUCCUGACUGUGACAUUGCUGUCUGGGCUGGUGAUCUACACAGUUUCACAAAGAGGAGCAGAAAAGAAGCCAAACUUUAUCAUCAUACUGGCAGAUGACAUAGGCUGGGGAGAUCUGGAUGUUAACCAACCAGAGAAACACACAAAUAAUACACCAAACCUCAACCAAAUGGCCCGGCAAGGGCUCAGAUUAACAGACUACCACUCCCCUGCUUCCACCUGCUCUCCAUCGCGUGCUGCUAUCCUGACCGGCCGCUAUGGCCUCAGAAAUGGAGUGACUCAUAACUUUGCUGUGAACUCUGUGGCUGGCCUGCCUCUGUCCGAAGUCACUUUGGCCCAGUUGCUGCAGCAGGCCGGUUACUACACCGCUGUUAUUGGGAAAUGGCACCUCGGACACAACGGACCUUACAGUCCAAUCAACAGAGGAUUCGAUUAUUACUUCGGCAUUCCCUACAGUAAUGACAUGGGCUGUACUGACACACCAGGAUAUGAUCUGCCCCCGUGUCUCCCUUGUGUUUCAUCAGAACCUCAAGUGAUCAGACAGAGGAGGAGUGUUCACAGUGGCUGUUAUUCCAAGGUGGGACUUCCUCUGGUUGAAAACAGCUCCAUUGUGGAGCAGCCGCUGAACCUCUGGGCGCUAACAGAGAAGUACAGAUCUGCUGCUCUCAGGAUUAUACAAAGUGCAAGGGCCCGAGCACAGCCGUAUCUCCUCCUGGUGGCAUCAGCUCACAUGCACGUCCCGCUCGCCCCCGCGGUGGCGGAGCCUUCAGGUGACGUGGUGUACGCCGCCAGCCUGCGCGAACUGGACGGUCUGGUUGGGGCGAUAAAGGCUGCCGCCGAUGAGACAGAUAGAGGAAAUACUCUAAUCUGGUUUACUGGCGACAACGGCCCGUGGGAAGAAAAGUGUCAGUUUGCAGGGAGCGUUGGGCCUUUCACCGGAAAAUGGCAGACCAGCAAAGGCGGCGGAUCAGCUAAGCGGACUACAUGGGAGGGCGGUCACAGGGUGCCAACUGUGGUGUACUGGCCAGGCAGGAUCCCUGCAAACACCACCAGCUCAGCCCUGCUCAGUGGUAUGGACAUCUUUCCAACAGUUCUGUCUCUGGCAGGCGUAGCGCCCCCUGCAGACAGGCGUUACGAUGGAAUCGAUGCCAGCAGUGUUCUGCUUCGUGGCGAACAUUCUGGUCACGAGUUCCUCUUCCACCCCAACAGUGGCGCUGCAGGAAAGUUCGGGGACUUGAAAACAGUUAGAGUCGGAAAACACAAAGCCUUUUACAUCACAGGCGGAGCAGCAGCUUGCAACGGCAGCACCGGCCAGGAGCAGCUCCAUGAUCCACCUCUGAUAUUUGACUUGGAUCGUGAAGAAGCUGAGGAAACACCCCUGCAGUUCGCCACAGCCGAGUACAGGGCGAUUGCAGAGAGGGUAGCCCGCAAAAGAGAGGAACUUCUGUGGGACAUCGCCACUGAUGGAUCGGUGUCCACAGCGGAUUACAGCCAAGAUGAAUUAGCAGCGCCGUGCUGCGAUCGGACACAGGCCAUGUGUCGAUGCCGCACCAUGUGCUGAAGCCCGGAAGAAACAUUAACAACAGGCACAAGGAACGGACCAUGAGGUAGGCGAACAAAAGCACAGACACGUGUCUCAUUCACAACAGUUAAUGUGCAGAAAGAGUUUAUUUAAAGGCUCAAUGUCCAGAUGCAGCAGAUGUGCAAACAAGAAAUACCAGCAGCUGAAAUCUGAUUGUUUAUCUAAAGGGCUUCUGGUCCAGUUCUAUUUUAGAUCGAUACUUUAAAAAAUUCAUAAUACAUCUGGAGCCAUCAGACAGUGUGUCAUUUAAGUGUCAUUUUGUUGAUCUGUGAACAAAGUUCCUGUUAAUCAGCAGCAUGUUUCAUCUGUUGAAGUGAUUGGUCAUCCAGGCUUCGGUUCCAACCCUGAGACCUUUGUUGGAUGUUGCUUUCUGAACCUUCAGACUGACCAGUUCAGGGGUCUGCAGCCAUGUGACUCUUCUGUCAAAAACACUAAAGAUGUAGUGUUUUAAAAUGCUAGCUGUUUUCAUGCAAUACGGCUCUGGAAAAAAUGAAGAGACCCCUCCACUGAACCCCAUUGAAAACCUCCUGGUUAUUACACUAUAUAUUGAUUUCUGAAUUCUUCCUGAGUUAAAACGUUAGUAUUGUUAUUUCUAAAUGAAUAUGAACUUGUUUUCUCUGCAUUAUUUGCCACCUGAAAGCACUGCAUCCUUUUAGUUAAUGUGAUUAGUUCUCAGUUUCUGCAAAUUUCUACUAAAUAUUCCCUUGGAAUUUUAGAGACGUGUUGUCAGCAGUUCAUAGAAUAAAAGAACAAUGUUCAUUUUACUCAAAACAUAUCAAUAUAAAAAGUCAAAUCAGACAAACUUAUAAUUUUAAGUGCUCUCAUUUUUUUCCAGAGCUCUAUAAACAAAGCAUGUUUACAAAUAAUAACGCUAAUAGUCUAAUGAAUAUAAUUUUUAAUAUGUUUUUCCUCUUUUGGUUACAGAGUUUGUAAUUUUCUAUUAAAGAUUUUACAUUCCACUGAAAAACUGUACUUUUUUGUGUAAAAAAUGUUCAAUAACUUGUUAUUUAAAACCUAACAUCAAACAAUCUAAAUAAGCUAAGUUAAAUAAGCUACAUGAAACAAGUAGCUUUUGUAGCCCUAAAAAAUACAUAUUUAGCUGGGCCAAAGGCCAAAAAGGUUUUCCGUGUCAUAAAGGUCACUGACUCCUGCACUAGAUCCAAAAAAUGCCUACCAGGAAGCACAAUCCGCUUCUUAGUAAAACACAUUUAAUGAUCACUUGUUACUUUCUACAAGCGUCAGUUGUCAA